GAUCAACUAUUUCCCAAUGAGGAAGCAGGUCUCACGAGACUCCUGAUCAAUGCAGCUCUUCAAGUGUUUGUGGACCUUUCCCCAGUCAUAAUUCAACAGCAUAGGAUGCUGUCUCCUAUCACCUCUGUGUUCCAACAUAGAGAUAUCCACUACAGGUGGUACUUCCCCAUAAAGCUUUUGGUGCUCCAAGAGGGCUCUCUGAAGACCAUCAAAAUGCUGGACAAGGAGAAGGCUGCACUAGCUAAAUUAAUCAUUGACAUUUCUAUGCCCAUGCUGGGUCCAUGGCGAACUACACGUGGCUUGAUUCCGGAAUGGCAGAGA